AUGUUGGCAGAUCCAGCCACAAGAGAACUCCUCUGUUACAGAGCAAACCGGGAAUCUGUAGCUGGUCAGCUAACCGACAUUUUUGAUGGUGACAAUUACAAGCAGUUGGUGCAGCAGGGCCUGUUCUCCAAUCCCGAUGAUAUUGCUAUUGGGCUUUAUACCGAUGGGUUUGUCAAUCAAAAGAAAGGCAAAAACUCAUAUCCCAUCAUCCAUUGCAUAAUAUUCAACCUAGACCCAUCCAUCAGACGGCAUGGCAUGUACUUUGAUGACAUUUCCGCCCGGUUAAGACCUUUGGAAGACUUCAAAGUAGGCAGCCCUUCGAAGAACAUAUACCAGCCGAGCAUAUAUACCCAACUCUCAACCUUCUCUGGAUCAUCAUUUUUUGCAUUAGAUGAACUUCAUUUAAUUGCAAGAGGGAUUGGAAAGCUUGUGUAUGACCUGAUUACCGUCACCCUCACAAAGGAAACCAAAUUUUAUUAUACCCAUCCAGACAAUACCCUCAAUACCACCGAAUACCCUUUUCAUAUACCAAGAGCAGACCUUGUAACAAUCGGAAACUGUAUCACCAGCUCACGAAAAUAUAUACCCACCUCAUUUCAAGGCAGUUUCGACAACGUAUUUGCCAAGAUCGAUGGUACUCGCGCAGUGGACUGGCUUGACUUUCUCUUAUACCUUGUCCCCACUUUGGUCAUGCCUUAUUUACCAAAUAGGGCUGUUAAAACAGCUCUAUUAUCUCUCAUGAAAGGUUGCGCGCUUGCCUUGCAAUGGACGUUGACAUCAGAAUUGCUUGAUGAGAUGGAGUCAUACUUCAAGCACUGGCACUCGUUUUUAUACCAACAAGUCCAGAAUAAUACCCUGUCUCGUAGUGUUUUCCGACCAGUGCAACAUUACCUGGUCCAUAUACCCUAUAUCAUCAAGCAGCAAGGCCCCCUGCGAUGCUACUCCACUCGCUCAAUGGAGAGAGUAAUUGGCGUCUUCUCGAAAUUGAUAAAUUUUCUCGUCGAGCGAUUUGCGAUUCACAAUUAUACCAGCACGGCAAUCAGCAUCUGUGAUGAAAUCAACCUCAUUCGGCCAAAGCCAUAUGGAAGAGAGAGCUACAUGGACCUUCCUAAUGAUCCUAGUGGUGCGCAGUUGUGGGAGCCAUUUCAUCAGUUUGUUAAUUUGAACAAUGAUUCAGUGGAAGGUGUAGGUGGCCCUAGUGUGAAGGAAGCUUUAUUGAAAUACUACCGGAGAACAACAGGCUUGACUGGCCACGAGUUUGGUGACUCUGUUGUUGUUGUAGCUGCACGUCUGUGGAUGGACUCGACUGUAUAUUCCUCAUGCAUGUACCAAAGAAAGAAAAACGAGACCAGCCGUGGCAACCAUUACGUGAUGUUUACUUGCCCCUAUAGAAACAACCGUAAUGUAAUUGUUCACAGCUGGCUCGUCGGUACAGUACAGUUCUACUUUCAGCAUGUAGAUUUCUAUGGCUUCCCACACUUUCUUGCUUUCGUGGAGGUCAUGAAGGAACAUGAUGCGGCUGGUCAUGACUCAUCAGUACCUAUCGUCAAACAACGGUCACAAAGCACCCAUACACUAGGCCACCAAACGCAACCGACUUAUGCAGUUAUAAGUGUAAAUGACAUUUGUCAUCAAGUUGGUCUGGUCCAAUACCCACCGAAUGGAAACCAGUUUUAUGUAAUCGCGCUCUAUUAUAUCUUUAACAACAACAUGUGCAUUACUAAAGGCAAUCUUUUCAUUCUGUAA